UUAUGGUCUCAGCUUCUCUUCCUGGAUCACGGUCGGCCAAGGCAGGAGCUCCUUUGCUCUUUCUGUGGAGAGCUGAGCUAGAGGACCUUACUCAGCAGGUGCAGGGGGUCAGGGCUACAUCGACCAGACCUAGUCCGGGGGGAAAGCUAUCCCUCCGGAGGACUGCUCUCUCUCCCGACAGCGGAGGUCUGUGGGGAUGGCGGAGAGGAGGGGGAAGGGCGCGGGGGAGGCCCGCUCAGACCCCCGGGGCAAAAGCGGGAUGCUGAGGGUGAAGAUGGUCCUCCUCGGGAGCUCAGGGGUGGGUAAGUCCAGCCUGGCCCUGCGCUUCAGCAAGGACGACUUCAAGGACAGCGCUCCCACGGUCGGCUGUGCGUACCUCACUCAGCUGGUGUGUUUACAUGAUGCCACACUCCGCUUUGAGAUCUGGGACACGGCGGGGCAGGAGAAGUACCACAGCGUGACUCCGCUGUACUACAGAGGGGCGCACGCUGCCCUCAUUGUCUACGACAUAAGCAACCGGGAGAGCUUCAUGAGGGCCCAGCUCUGGCUCAAAGAGCUGGAGAAGCAGUACAUCCCAGGGGAGACGGUGGUGGGGCUGGUGGCAAACAAGUCAGACCUGUCCAGCUCCCGGCAGGUGUCACAGCAGGAGGGCCGCAGUCUUGCAGAGAACAAAGGCUUGCUGUUCAUGGAGACGUCAGCAAAAUCAGGAAACCAGGUCAGCGAGCUGCUCCUGGACAUCGCCCACAGAGUGAAGCGGAGCAGUAGGGAGGACAAGGGCCUGGCGGAGUGGCGGGAGGCGGACUGCGUGGACAUGCACCGAGAGGGCAGGCCCAGCCCUCUGAGCUCCUGCUGCCUGACGAUUGGGCUCUGACUCCAGCGGGCGGAGCCGCACCCCCCAUCAACCCGCCCCCGGUACGAUGCACAAGGGUCGGAGAGGAGGAGGAAGCAGCCCGCGGUCUCACGGCAGUAUGCUGCCUUCCUGUCACUGCCAGGGCUGAGGACACACCUUCAGGAGUGGCACUGAUUUUCCAUAAAAAAUAAUGUAACCCGUUUCAUUGUUUUUAUGAAUUUGCUUAGCAGAUGGAGCCCUUGCAUCUUUUACAUGCUGUCGAUUUACACUGCUGGAUGUUUACUGAGGGUUAAGUAUCUUAGCAGUGUCCCAUUUGGGGAGUGAACCUGCAAACCCAGCUCCUUAAGCACUGCGUGACACUCCACAGUCUAACCUGUCACUGUUAAAACUGCGUGACUGCAUGUAGGUCCAAAGUCCUCACAUUGUCAGAGAUGUGGGACACAGCUAUGGACAUGGAGCCAGAGCUACAGCAGAUACUGUAGACAGGAUAUGAUGUCAUUAGCUUCUAGAAUAAAAAAAGAAAGGUGACAAUCUUUCCAUUACUUUAUGAUUUAAAAUGACGUCAUGUGAUACAUAUGAGAUUGUAGGCCAGAUGAAAAGAAAUUAAAGG